AUGCCAUUUUGUCGCCUGGGAAUUCCUCUUCCUCAAGCAAAUCAUAGAAGAAACUUGAUGAUGGAAGUGUUGAAUAACGAUGUAAUUACAAGACUGGCAACCUCUUGUAUAAUUUGCCUAUUCCUGUCAAUUCAAUCUACUUGUACAGAAGUGGGUGUAAUUACCAAUGUGAAGCACGAGCUACUGGAGCUCAAUCAAGAUAGUGAAGUGUUGAAAACUUGGUCAGGAGAUCCAUGUCUCCCUCUUCCAUGGCAUGGUUUGUCUUGUGCGCCUCUUAACAGCUCCUCAGUCAUAACUAAACUGGAUCUAUCCUUCGAAAGCCUUACAGGGCCACUCCCUCCCAGUAUCACUAAACUGAUUCACUUGAAGGAAUUGAACUUGAGCAAUAAUAGGUUCACCGGUAGCAUUCCAGAGUUUCCAGCUUCCUCAGCGUUGACAUCAGUGGAUCUGAGCCACAAUGAUCUUACGGGAAAUAUCACAGAACCUCUAAACGCGCUGCCCUAUUUGACAACGUUAUAUUUUGGCUGCAAUCCUCGUUCCAGCCAAAAUCUUCCCUACAGCCUAAACAGAUCGAAUCUUACUACAGACAACGGGAAAUGCUCUGCUCAAGGAUAUUCCCAUUUAAGGAAAAGAAUUUGGAUAGGCAUAGCUGCAGGUGGAUCUCUCUUAGUUAUCAUGGUAUUUGGAAUCUCUUUGGCUUGCCUAUACAAACACAAAAGGAUGGCUCUGCAAAAAUUUGAUGCAAAAGGACACCCGAUGUCAAAGAUUUAUGCAGUUCCAAGCAUGGAUAAUAUUGUAGCAAAGUCCAUAUAUAUCCAGAGCUUUACGUUGCAGUACGUAGAAAUUGCUACAGAAAAGUACAAGACAUUGAUAGGUGAAGGUGGGUUCGGAUCAGUUUACCGUGGUACUCUACCAGAUGGUCAGGAAGUGGCAGUGAAGGUCCGAUCAGCGACUUCAACCCAGGGAACUCGUGAAUUUGACAAUGAGUUAAAUUUGCUCUCUGCAAUUCGACAUGAAAACUUGGUCCCACUUCUUGGCUACUGCUGUGAGAAUGAACAACAAAUUCUUGUCUAUCCAUUUAUGUCUAAUGGCUCCCUACAGGAUCGCCUAUACGGAGCAGCAGCAAAGCGGAAGAUUUUAGAUUGGCCAACCAGACUUUCAAUAGCUUUAGGUGCUGCACGAGGUUUGACAUAUCUUCAUACCUUCUCUGAGCGCUGCGUCAUACAUAGGGAUGUGAAAUCGAGUAACAUACUCUUAGAUUAUAGCAUGUCCGCAAAGGUUGCAGACUUCGGAUUUUCUAAAUAUGCACCUCAAGAAGGGGACAGUGGCACUUCUUUAGAAGUAAGGGGUACUGCUGGAUACUUGGAUCCAGAGUACUAUUCCACACAACAUUUAUCAACAAAAAGUGAUGUCUUUAGCUUUGGGGUUGUUUUACUGGAAAUCGUAAGUGGUCGAGAGCCUCUCAACAUAAAAAGACCACAAAAUGAGUGGAGCUUAGUCGAAUGGGCCAAGCCCCAUAUAAGAAACUCAAGAAUCGAAGAAAUUGUGGACCCUAACAUAAAGGGAGGAUACCAUGCUGAAGCAAUGUGGAGAGUGGUGGAGGUAGCUCUGGCAUGUAUUGAGCCUUACUCAGCUUAUCGCCCAUGCAUGGCUGACAUUGUUCGUGAACUUGAGGAUGCUUUUAUCAUAGAAAACAAUGCAUCAGAAUACAUGAAAUCCAUAGAGAGUUUCGGAGGGUCCCGUCGCUACUCUAUGGAGAGGCCUAUUGUCAUACCACAAACUCAAUUUCCAACUGAACCAUCGGCUAUUGUUAUGCAACCACCACCUCCUCAACCAAGAUAG